AUGUCUGCAUCUAGUAGUACAAAGCAUGGGGCUGUAAACACCCCUAAGAAGCUGCGUGCUGCUACCCAGUCCUUCAAGGCUAUGAUGGGCAAGAUUGAACCUGAGGAGGUAUUUGACAGUGGAGAUGACUAUGUCCCAAGGCCAAAGCAGAAGCCACAGCCAGCUAAGCGUGGACCUCCCAAGCAUCCAUCUGCAAGGGCCAAGGCCAGCGCUGCUGAAGUCCGCCGCUUCAUUGAUGAUGAAGCUCGGGAGGCCAGAGGGAUUGAGGGCACUGACAAUUAUCAAGACCAUUAUGAUGAAGAUAUUGUUGAGCUUUCUGAUGAAGAGGAUGACCAGCAGGAGAUAGCAGAUGUGGCUACAAUUGUGUCGAGUGAUGAUGAGCCUGUUGUAUCUACCAAAGGCCAUGCCUCUACCUCAAGACUGAGAAGACGUCGCUCCAUCCUUGAAAUGUCCAGGUCAAGCCCUGACUGGGACACUGACCUUGUGGGUUCAACCCCAGAUAGUCCCAUCAAAAGGGCAAACCUGACAGGUCCGCCAGACAGUCCAGCAACACCAUCCCCAAGUAAAGAUAAAGUGAGAGCCAAGCGCAUUGAGCGACCAAGUCCUGUUGCAGAUGAAGAAGAGUCCCUGAAAGCAUCACCAACCAAGAAGUCACGUACAACGGUCAAUAAAGGCAAAGGCAAGGCAAAGGCGGUAGUCCUUUCCGAUGCAGAGGAUAAUCCAUUCAUUGCUGGAACAAGUAACAAGGAGGCUGUGUUCAUUGGGGGCAAACAACUUGACACUGUCAUUGAGAUACCAGAAACCCUCAAGCGUGGGAAGCAACCAUCUGGAAAGGACAGAGAUGAUGCUGCUGGUGUUCCUGGUGCAGUCUACAUGAUGCCCAAGCUUGAGCUCUUUCCCCCUACAGGCAAUGAGCACUGCAAGCAAUUGGACAAGGACAGUGUUGAGGGAUGGCUUGAGAACACAUAUGCAGAUAUGUGGCCUAUGCGUAAACAUGAUGUUCCUGAGCAUGCGUUUGUUGAGACAAAUCCUGUCAUCAAUGCAUUCCAGGAACAUGGCAUUUAUAUCCACAGACAGAACUUCAAGCGCACUAUCCAGUGGUCCUUCACUGGCAACUGGCUUGUCAACCCUGCCUGUGCAAGCCCUAAGAACUUCUCUGCUAGCCUACCUGGCUACACUCGCCCAGUCAUCACCUUCAAUGGCAAUCCUAUCAUCAACUUCACCCUGGGUCUUGUAGAGUUCAGCUAUCUCAUGGAAGGCAACCUCGACUACAUUCAUGAUAAGCGGAGCAAGUACAUCACCAUCACGCCAUUUGCAGUGGAGCUUGAUCUCGCAUGGGGAUUCUGGUGUGAGGUGCUGGGUCAAGGUGACCUGAUGUUGGGAUCCUUCAAGAGGGCUGAGGGAUACAUGUCCUUUAACACCCUGCCUGCGAAGAUAUCUGAUGAAUCCCAAUCCCGCCCAUCGUACUCCAGAAAGUCCUUUGUUGACCUGACUAAGGUCGUCAAGAGCCCCAUGAAGGACAAGGUGUCCUCACCGUCUGCCUCCAAGCACCCCAAGUCCCGCAGCCGGCCUGCGGAAAUAUCAAGCUCACAGGUAGCAGUGUCUUCAAACCAGAAGAUACCCAUCUGGGAUGCCAGGCACUAUUUUGAGCAGCAGGAGGCCCCUGUCUUUGACAUUGAGACAAUUGCCGCCAACUGUCCUAUUGUUGAGAAGGAGCCAGCGCACCAUUCUGUUGUGGCUGUGCUGCACACUGUGUCCACCUAUGGUCGUGCAGGUGAGCCUACCAAUCUGUCACUCAAUGUUGUUGGUGUUGUCAUCUUGGUUGGGAAUGAGGCUAGGGGUAACUGA